AUGUCGCAAACAUCAACAUAUACUCAAAUUGAACUGUGCACCCUCAAUGGCCCCGAAUACCGCCGCGUUUCUACCGCUCCGCCCCGCACCCCCACGGAGGAUGAGAUCCCCGUAAUCGAUCUGACAGCAAUCAACGGGACGCUGGAAGAAAGAAAAGAGCUAGCUGGGAGGAUUCGAGCAGCGGCAGAAAACAUCGGAUUCUUUUAUAUCAGCAAUCAUGGAAUACCAGAGGAAGUGAUACAGAAUGCGUUGGUCCAGGCAAAGGCGUUCUUUGGACAAUCCGAAGAAGACAAACAGAGGAUUUCAGAUGGGUAUUUUGGAGUGGGAACGACGCAGAUAAAUAAGUCGGAAACGAAGGAUCGCAAAGAAACCUUCUCCCUGCGCUAUCACCCCGAAAAUGAUCCCAUCGUAUCCAACCCAAAAGACCUGACCCACGACGAGCGAAAUUACACCCAGAAUCUCUGGAACGAAACGAACCAUCUGCCAGGAUUCCGCGAAGUGACGAUAGAUUUCUGGCAACGGAGGCUAACUCUCGCGCGAAAAAUGACUCGAAUUUUCGCGCUGGCGUUGAACCUCCCGGAAGACUACUUCGAUAACAUCAUUACGCAUCCGGGCGCUGAUGGCUUAUAUAUUCAUUACCCCGGUACACCCGCCACUAACCUCAACGAACAGCAGAGUGUAGAUAACGGAAUAGGCUCCCACACAGACAUCCAAUGCUUCACACUCUUAUGGCAGGACAUGUCCGGCGGGUUGCAGGUCCUAUCAGGCGACGACGAGUGGCUCGAUGCACGACCGAUCGAGGGAACUUUGGUAGUGAACAUCGGGGACUUCUUGCAGCGGCUGUCGAAUAAUCGGUUCAAGUCGACGGUUCAUCGGGUUUACAAUCGUCGCAGUACGUCGCGGUAUGCGAUGCCGUUCUUCGUGGGGUUUAAUCCCGAAGCAGUGUGCGAAGUUGUGUCGACUUGUGUGGAUGAUGAGCAUCCGGCCUUGUUUGAGCCGAUUUCGUGCGGAAAGUGGCAUCGCGAGAGACUCGAGUUGGCGAGGGGGAGGGCUGCUGCGGCUUAG